CGCGUCCCUCUCCCGCCGUACCGCACUUCCGCGCUAUACCGUUGCAGCGCCCCCGUGCAGCGUCCCAGAUUAAUCUCCCAGCCUGGUUGAUCCCGAGUCCCUGACGCAGCAUACCGGAGCAAUCUCCUUAUUGUUCCCUCGCCUCCCUCCGGCGGUUUCGCGUCCUUCUGGCCUUGCCGACCGGUGCCGGUGCAUGGCCUGGUGCCUCGGCGACGGGAGAAGACCUGAGCAAUGCUCAAAGGAGUGAAACGAGAGUUCCCGGAGGAUGACGCUGUCUUGGGGGCUCCCAGCGCACCGAGUCAUCCACCUGCCAAAGCGGCGGCAUCCCCCACCGCCGCCUCCAGUGCGUCAUCCUUCCGCAAUGUCAGCGCCUGCAAUCGCUGCCGGUUGCGUAAGCACCGCUGCGACCUCCGCUUGCCGGCCUGCUCGGCGUGCGAGAAGGCGCGGGUGAAGUGUGUGGGCUUUGACCCCAUCACCAAGAGAGAGAUCCCUCGCUCAUAUGUCUACUACCUCGAAACUCGGGUCGCGUACCUGGAGGGGUUGUUACGAGACAAUCGCGUCGAAUUCACGCCCCCGGAGCAAUUUGCCCUCUCCUUUAAACCCGGCCAGAAACCCUCGAACGAAUCUCCCAACGGCCAGGUGACUUCCUCGGGGGCAGUCCCAGGGAAGUCGGAGGAUGCAAACCCAGACGGGCAGUACGACCAGGAGAAGCUCAACAAGCUAGUAGAUAACAUCGGCAUGGUGUCCGUGCAAGGGGCAUCCGAUCCGCGAUACCUGGGGUCCACCUCUGGCAUCUCCUUCGCCCGCGUCGUUUUCGCCGCAGUAAAGAGCUCGGUGACAGGCUCCUCAUCCGACCGCGGCAGCGUCCGCGCCGGCCGCGCGAUGUCAUCCGCAGCUCCGGUAGCAGCAGGUACUGCCUCCAUGCGAGAUUCGUUCUUCGGGCUGCAUACGAGGCCCACCAUCAAGCCCGCGCCGUUCCCUGAUCGGGACAUUGCGACCCGGUUAGUCGAGAUAUACUUCGAGCACGCGAAUCCGCAGAUCCCCAUCCUGCAUCGUGGCGAGUUCAUGGCCAUGUUGAACACGCUGUAUGCAAGCGAGGAACGGGACCGGUCGCCGCGCGACCUUUACAUGCUCAACAUCGUGUGCGCCAUCGGCUCCGGCACGAUUCUCGCCCAUUCGUCCGAUUCCGACACCCCGCCCCUGCCGGAUCAGCCCACCUCCAUGCAGCCACCGCAUUCCCCACCGUCGCGAAAGCGCCGCCGCAUCUCGAGCCAGCAGCAUCAGCCGGAAGAGUACCACGCGUCGGCCAUUGUGCAUCUGGAAGCGUUCCUCGGCUCGUCCCCGUCGACGGAUCGACCGGAAGGAAUCGGCGGCGGAUUGGAGGAACUGCAAGCUGUGCUCCUGUUGGCAGGGUUCGCGUUGCUCCGACCCAUCGCGCCGGGCCUAUGGUACAUCUGCGGCGUGGCCAUGCGCCUGGGUGUCGACUUGGGACUCCACUUCGAGGAUCCGCCCGGUGAUGAGGGUGCGGACGCCAGGGUCGCGAGGGAUCUGGAUGUCUCCAUGAGGGGGACCAGUUCCGGGAUGAAAGGGGGGCGGCGGCAGUGGCUGCGGGACUUGCGAAGACGGUUGUGGUGGUGUGUCUACGCAUUCGACCGGUUGGUGUCGACCUGCGUCGGCCGCCCCUUUGGCAUCACCGACCAGGUGGUGACGACCGAGUUCCCCUCCCUCCUGGAUGACCGAUAUAUCACUCCGGACGGGUUUCUCGCUCCGCCCGGGGGCUCGGAGACGCCCAGCUACAAGCGGGUCAGUCAUCAUUAUUUCCGACUGCGUCUGCUGCAGUCCGAAAUCUUGCAGGUGUUGCAGUAUCAGCAAGCGCAGCAGGCCCGCUCCAGCGGCGUCAACCAGAGCAACGAGUUCAUGCACACCAAACUACCGUCCCCGUUCCUGGAGGGCUUCUAUUCCUUCAAGUCCUGGCGUUCCGACGUGGACCGCCGGUUGCUCGAGUGGAAGGAGUCGGCGCCCACGCAGAUCGACACUGGCGUGCAGUUCUCGCCGCUGUUUCUGGAGCUCAACUAUUGGCAGGCCCUCAUCAUGCUCUAUCGUCAAAGUCUAGUGGUUCCCGCGCACCUCGCCAAUGACCUGGCGUCUGCGCCGAACGACGUCCAUAGCCCGAGCAUCGCUAGCGUAGAGGAUCUAGAGGAUGAGGAACACGUGUAUCUGACGGUGGCGCAGGCCGGGCAGAAGGUCCUUAAGAUUUAUCGGCAGUUGCAUCGCGUUCAUUUGGUCAGCUACACGUAUCUUGCAACGCAUCAUCUGUUCAUGGCUGGUAUCUCCUUCCUAUACGCGAUUUGGCACUCCACGAUAGUGCGGCAACAUUUGACGCUUGACGAUGUGGAUUUCACAGUCCUCGCCGCCACCUCCGUAUUGGGCGAUCUCAUCGAGAAAUGCCCACCCGCUGAAGCAUGUCGCGAUGCAUUCGACCGCAUGAGCAAAGCCACGAUCCAGAUGUGUCUAUCGACCACCGGAUUCGGUCCCCCCAAUAACGCCAAGAGGCCUCGGCCCAAUUUCAAUCCGUCGAGCCAAACGCCACUCUCCGAACCGUCGAGGACGCUGAGCUCACCCACAUCAGUAAUUCAGACCUCGCCAGACACCUUGCCCAACCGCAGUCUCCCGAAGUUCGACUACGACUUCCGCGACCUCUUCACCGAGGACGAGAUCAGUGACCGUUCGUUCCGCCGCAUCUCCCAAGCCCUCUCCCGCCCCAUGAACCCCCCCAAUCCGAACAUCCCCCCACAUCAACCAGGUCCGACGCUUACCUCGUCCGAUUCGUUAGUCUCGCAUGCCCCGCCGACAUUCCCCGGGACCAGCCCGUACGAACUCUCCCCCACGCAGGCGCUUGCGCAACAUCCUCACCAGCCACGGUCGCCCUACGAGAUGACUCUGGGUCAGGAUGGUGGACCCUAUCAGCAGCAACAGGUCCCAUAUACCGGCCCUUUCACCACUCUGCCGGAACUAGAGUUCAUCGAUGCAUACCCACUGAGCAACGAGGAGUCGAACGGGAUGGGUCCCUUGGACCUUGGAUUCGGAAUGGGGGGAUUCGAUGCCAAUUUCAACGAUGGGGCGGGCGGUAAUGGCCAAUUGGAUUUGUUCGACGGUUUUUUCUUCGGUGGUAACGGUUAGGUUGGAGGAGUUGCUCUUGUGACGGUCCGGUUUUCAUCUAUUCAGGCGUUACGAUAAAUACCUCCAGCAAUGACAGGCUUGGGCGGGCAUGCAUCACGAUCGCGAAGGGGAAUGGAGAUGC